GUUAAGAACUACGCUUGAAACCAAAUCUGAGUAGUGUUUAAUUCAUCUGUGCUUAGUUUUAUUUUAUUUUUUGGCUAAGAUUAUGUUGUAGUAUGAAGCAAAAACGUCGUUCUGUGUAUGUUCAUGCUUGCGAGCUGCGAUUGACAAAUUUAUAUUUUUAAAUUCAAAAUCCGGCGCAGUAAAUUCCCAUCCUCAUCUAUUGUUAGAAAAGAAAUCAUUAGCAGCGCCAUUGCAAUUUUUUUUUUUUCACCCUCUAUUUUGAAAUUGGACGAUUGGAUUGAAAGUACGAGAUGGAAUGGAAAGCCGACAGAUUUAUGGUGCACAGAUGUACAAAUGUUUAAUUUAAAAGUUUGUGGACGAAAGUGAAAUAUGAGUGGAAUUACCAAAGCGCAAAAUCGUUGGGCAUAUCAUUUAAUCCGUAAGUAUAAAAUUUUUCCUAACAUGGUCCGUGAGAACUCGUAAGUAGUGUAAAUAAAUGUUUGAGUGCAACAAAACUUGUUAUCUAGUACCAAUAGCAAAGCAGAUUUUGUAUGGGGACAGCAUAUAAAAGCCGAAAAGAAUGCGACUACUUAUCUUCAUUCAGUGGAAGGCAAAGAAGUGGAUGAAAGAGGGAUUGACAUGGAAAUACUGAUGCAUCGAGUUGAACAACUACAGCGCGAACGUGAUGAACUUAGGAGAGAUAUUGAACAACUAUGUAUGCAACAAGCUGGACCGAGUUAUCUUUCCGUGGUAAAUCAGAUGCAAUUCCAGAGUCAAACUAAAGCCCAAUCAGGAUUCAGGACAGCUGCUUUGGGGCAGGAAAUUGAGAAUCUUCAGAGGAAAUUAGCUGGGAGUUUGAGAGAGAAGAAGAAUCUAGAAGAGGAGCUUGCUGAAGCUUAUCGAAUUAAAAGCCAGCUGGCUGAUUUGUAUACCACGGAGAUGUCAAAGAACAAUGAAGCAGAGAAACAGGUGAAAUUUUUCCAAAGCAGUAUUGCUGCUGCUUAUGCUGAAAGAGAUAAGUUAAUAAUGGAGUGUGAGGAGGCUAAGGAACGAGAGAAAGCCAUGUCAAAAGAACUCCUCAACUGUGAGGAAAGAAUAGAGAAACUUCAAUCUGAGUAUCUUGAUGAAAAGAGGUCAAAGGAUGCCUUGCGGACGGAGUUAACGGAAUUAAAGAAUCAAACUGAAUCUUUUGUGAGGAUCGUUACAAAGUUUUACGAAGUCCGUGGAAGAGAUACUGGGCACUCUUCAGAUGCUACUUUGGAAGAGAAAUGUUCCUGCCUUAUAGACGACUCUCCAGAUUAUUGGAUAUUUAGUAAAGAUGGUGAAUCAUCAUCCUUGAAGUACAUUGCAUCUUUAAAAGAAGAGAAAGAAUCGCUUAAGAAGUCAAUAGAAAAGCUACAAAGUAGCUUGCAAAUGGGCGUUGACAUUGAGCAACAUCAAAAGAGGAAAGUGCGUUCUCUGGAAAAUAAACAUAUAAUGUUUACUGAGUUCAUUCAGAGUGGAUUAUCAACUCUCCAAAAUUUUUAUAGUCAGCAAAGACUUGAAAUCCUGAAAACCCUAGAAGAAGAAGAGUCUUAUAUUAAGGCAGUUAUUCUUGAGGUUCUAGAUAAAAUGAAUCAAAUUCAAAUCAAAACCGAGUUAAACAUUGAAGCUCUGCAUCAUGAACUGCAAAAUGAUGAAAGUGAAUGCCGCGAUGUGCAUAUAAGCUGUGACGUCAAUGCUAGCCACAUGCCUGAGAAUAGCAGUCUUCCCACAAGCAUCACGAAUGAAACACCUGAUGAAUCAAAAGCCCUUGCACAAGCAAUGAAGGAGAAGGUUGAUGCACUAUUACUUCUCUCCCAGCAAGAGGAGAGGUAUUUAUUGGAGAGGGAUACAAAUAAAGCUCUUCAGCAAAAGAUUGGGGAACUCCAGAAAAACUUAUUUCAAGUUACACAUGAAAAGGUGCAAGCGCUCUUGGAAUUGGCAAAUCUAAAGCAAGAAUUUCAGCGUUUGCAAGAGUAUAAUAGCAAUAGCUUGAAACAUGGGAGUUCUCUAGCUGGUGAUCCUGUCAGAAGCAGUAGCACCCACGAUCGAGAAGGAAAACUUAUGAGCCUUUGGAAAAAAACGUCCUUAAAACGGUGGACCAAAAAAGAUCAUGCGCUGGGUGAAACUGAUGGGCCUGAAACUUCUGACGCAAAUACUUCCUCUAGUACCAAAACCGAACACUCCGUAGAUAUUGCAAGGUUCAUUUGGCUAAAAGUUGAAAACGCCACUCUUCAGGAAAGGAUAGCCAACUUGGAACAUCUAACUUCCACAAUACGUAGGCUUCAUAUUUCACUUUUGAAGGCGCAUGAUGAUGUAAAAUCAGCUGUUUCCCCCGAAGGAAUAUAUGAAGCAUUGAACAGCAUAAUAACUGAAGCAAGUGUCAUGAAGACCGCUUUCGGAACUGUGAUUCCUAUCAGCUGGACUGGCGAUGCAUCAGAUGCUAUUACCUAUGAAAGUCUAUAUGAGCCGACCGAUUCUUCAGAUUCAUCAAAAACUGAGAAAGCAGAUCCUAUGUCUUCUGCGGGACUGGAAAUGUUGGAGCUCCUAAUUUUAGCUGCUGAGCUCCUAAAAGAAAGCUUGAUGGCAAAUAAUUAAUAAGGAGCUCAUUAGAUUUGUUUAAUCUGGGGGCUUUGCUGAAUUGGAUGUUCAACAUCAAUUUUUUGAUACACGGCGUGUUUGCUUUCUCUCAUCUCCGUUUGGUAAUCGCAUUUUGUUUUCUACAGUAGAUAAUCCAGUGUGAUUUCCUCUCCAUCUUACGUGUACAUUAUCUGAGCAAUUAUAUUGGAUGUAACACAAAUGCAUUGGUAUUGUGGUUAACUAAUAACUGAUUUAUCACAUAUUGUUGGUUCUUGUUAUCUUGUAAUAUAUAUCCCGCGAUUGCUACUUUA